AUGCCCCUGGGCUCUGCAUACUCUGUCGAAGCCCAAGUUACCGGUCAAGACCAAGUCGGAGGACUCCAGUUCCAUGUAACACCUUCAACGCCGCCACCUACGUCCUCUCCGUCUCUGGUGCAUGCGAUGCAUUACGUACCUGAUCUGUCGCUUAAGGCUCCUAACCCUCCCGGCUUUGACGACCGUCCUAUUCGGAUCUUGAUCCAGACCAUGACCGGCAAGAUAGUUACCUUGAAUGCGUGGCCUUCUGAUUGGAUCUACGAAGUGAAACUGCAAGUCCAGGACAAAGAAGGCGUUCCACCGAUCAGCAAGCCGGCAGUGGCCCAAACCCCCAAGGAUGUCGCGUUGGAUGUUGCCCCCUGGUGGUGUCCGAUCAAGCCGUGCAUCCUGGACGACACCAACCCCGCCGCGAUCUGGGAGCGAGACCGCACCAUCUGCUGCAACGUUCAGAUUCCUCUCCGUUCAGACAUGUUCCAGCCAGUCACGGGAAAAGCCCCCCCUUCCACGCCCAUAUCGGCCAAGACCUACCCCGAUCACGCUCUCCCCUUCCACAAACCCACGGCGAAGCAUCCACCAUCAAGGGUAGAUUUCGAUGGCAUCCGCUCCGUGAAGGAAAUGGACGAGAUCAAGAACCGGGACGGAAAGCGCGAGGACGAAGGGGGGGAUGUCUUCGGUCCCGACAAGGAGGCGAAGAAUUCCAGCAACGGAGGAGAAGAGCGACCCCGCCGAAACACAUUCAUCCUGCUCCACCCCCGAUUGGCUCCGUGA